AUGGAAGAUGACCCUCGUAAAACGUCAGUCAAUCCAUUGUUUGCCGACCAGCUUUUUCUACUGAACUUCAUAAUGGGCAAUUAUUUGGGUCCUGAUGUCACAUUUGAUAACCUCGAAUAUUCAGCAUUUCAAAGGAUAGCUGAAGGUUCACCUCCGUAUAUGCCAAGUUAUUUGGGACCUUCAUAUGUUAGUGUGUCUCUUUUGGAGGGUUUAUAUUACUAUCUCUUGAGAAAUGUUCACCCUAGCCUCAUUUUGAGACCAGAAAUGUUGCAUAAGUAUUUGAAGGGCAGCCUACCUUUGCCAAGUUCAGGGCUGACGAAAGACAGUUGGCAGUUCACAAAUUUUUUCCCUUUGGAUCUUCAUGAACAGAUAUGGUACCCAGAAAGCUUCAGAAUUGUUAAGGGGAUUCUUUUUAUUGAUGAUCCUGUCACAUCAUUUAUGAAAGAGGACGAUCUGGAAAAGUUCAAAUCUUUAUCUGGUAUAAAUAACAUGAAAAUUGAUAUAGAUGAAGCCAUACGAUAUCAACACAAGUACCUGGAUAAUGGGGAAAGUAAGACGAAUUGCUUGAAUGAUGAUUGCAAUUUCACAAAGACAGAAAUUUUUUCCAAUGGAAAUGGAAAUUGGUCGGAAAGAUUUCAGCAAAAAUAUAAGAGAAGGUGCUUCUCUCAUUCUCCAUCAAAGCCAGCAUUUCCCCAAGUUGUUACUACAAAGCAUUUAAGCAAAUAUGGAGCUUCAUGGAUGACCUGCAAACCAGAUGGACCUGUGUUCAUGCCCCUUAUCUCUGUUCCUAAUUUGGAAGAAUGUACUUCAGAUUCUUCUGUUGUUUUGUCUGGGACUGCCAGGAAAGGGGUAGUUGGGCCACCUGUAGGUGUUGUGGACAUUGGUGUUAGCAAGGCUGCAUAUUACUUCCGGGUUGCUCUACCAGGGGUCAGGAAGGAUUUUUGUCAAUUCAAUUGUGAGAUUGAAUCUAAUGGCAAGAUUCAUCUCCAAGGCGUCACAAGUGGUGGAAAUCCCAUAAGGAAACGUUCGCGUGUAUUCCAAAUGAAAUUGCAGCAAUUAUGCCCACCCGGACCAUUCACGCUCUCGUUCAGCCUUCCAGGACCUGUUGAUCCAAGGCUCUUUGCACCUAAUUUUGGACCUGAUGGCAUUUUUGAAGGAGUUAUCAUAAAAGACGAGUGA